UUCAUGGCAGUAGUUGGAUGGCAGGCAGCUGCUGGCUUGACACGUAACUGAAGUUAAAGGUGCUGUGGAGGCCUUGUAGGGGACUUGAGGAUUUACUCCACUCUUCUUAAGCGUCUUAGAAUUGGAAAUUUACAAGUCCGAGGGAGGAAACGGUGAGCAGCUGUUCGGUCGUCCGCCUCGGUUUGUUUUGCAUGUGAACAGCGCAGAGGGAGAGUUUGACGGCGAAAAUCUGAGCGGCUACUUUGAAGUCACAGGGGAGAGUCGUAAGUGGAUGGGGCUUUGCUAAAUAAUGUACACAUUGGGGGAAUAUUAGCGCCUAAGUCGUAUUUUCGGUGUUGGAAAUGCUCGGGGAGGGGGGGUUUGUUUAGUCGACACCCAGGUAGGAGGUGAAAAGUUGUGUCGGAAGUUUCCAGCAGCAGAGACGGGGCUUCCUCGCGGAGACAGCGGGGAGGGGUGUGGGUCCAACAUGGGGAACGGGGUGUGCUCCCGCAGGCAGCGCAGGAUCUUCCAGUUUCUCCUGUUGCUCACCGUGGUCUGCGGGAUGAUGUACGGCGGGAUGAUCUCGUAUGAGGUGCACAAACAGCUCAAGAGGACAGAGGCGAUGGCGCUGAAGUACCAGCAACAUCAGGAGUCGCUCUCGGCACAGCUCCAAGUGGUGUACGAGCAUCGCUCCAGGUUGGAGAAGUCCCUUCAGAAGGAGAGACUAGAGCAUAAAAAAGCCAAAGAAGAUUAUCUGGUUUAUAAACUUGAAUCACAACAGUCAAUCAACAAGGAGAAGCAAGACUCCAACAGCAAGUUCAAUUCUCUCCAAGUGCAGCAUCAGAUGCUGAAGAAUCAGCAUGAAGACCUCAAGAAGCAGUAUUACGAGCUUCAGGACCAGCACCAAGUUCAGGUCGACGAGCACAGCCGGCUGCUGGGCGAGCACAAAGAGCGCUACGAGAAACUGCAGCAAGUCAAAGAGGGGGAAGUCUCUCAACUCAAAGAAAACGUUUAUAACCUGAGAGAGGAAAAUAAACAGCUGAGGAAAGCCCAUCAUGAAAUCCACACACAGCUACAGGAUGCACAGGUUCGUCAUCAGGACCUGAAGACGUCCCAUGACCUUCUUGCACUGACACUUGAAGACCACAAGAGUGCGCUGGCUGCAGCUCAGGUUCAGGUGGAUGAAUUUAAGCAGCUGAAAGAUUCCCUGAACAGGGUGCCCAAUCCAAGAGAGCCUGAGCGAAACCCUGCUCAAGCAGCUGCCGUAGCUCCUGAGUCCCAUGUUCAAAGCCAAUUACUUGAUCAUCCACAUAAAGAUGAACCAGUCCAUGAGGAAGUUCAUCAGGACACUGAGUCCAGGUUGAACAAUCAAGAAGAGGAGGAGCAUGUUAAGUCUCAGCAUGCUUUGUCAGAAAAAGAGGAGGAUGGAGAGGGAGAAGCAGAGAGGAGGAGGGAGCUGGCGGAGGAGGAGAUGGCUCAAGCAGGACAGCCUCAGAAGCUGGAGGAGGAUCCUGAUCAACCUCAGGACGAGCAGCAAGAGGGAGAGGAGGAGCCACAACAGCCGGACGAGAACGCCCUGGAUCGACAGAGACGCCAGCCGCUACCGGUUGUCCAUCCAGAGUCCCAGCUGCAGCGCGAGGCCCACGCCCAGGUCGAACGUGUAAAGUCAGCGUAUGAGCAGCAACAGGAGCAGCAGCGUCUGGAGGCCCAGAGGGCUGAGCAGCGCAGGCAGAUCCAGCUGCAUCAGGAGGCCCUGAAGGCUCAGAGAGACAGGGUGCUGAAGGAGAGGGAGCAGAGGCUGAAGGCGGAACAGGAGAGGGAGCAGCAGCAGCAAAGGGAUGCCGACAGAAGAGAGCAGCUGCUGAGAGAGGAGCACCAAAGAAAGAGGACAGAAUAUGAGAAUAUGGACAACGACAUUGUUCAGGGCGAAGAGGACCGUCACACUGAUGAUGAAGAAGAGAGAGAUGUUCAUAUGUUACAUGAUGACGAGGAGAGACAAGAAGCGGACCCCAGGGUGUCUCCUCAUCAGCGGGGUGCUGGGGAGGGCGAGAUAGACCCUGAGGACGAUCCGAACAACCAGGGAGAGGAUGAGUUUGAGGAGGCCGAAGAUGAGCCGCUGCAGCAGCAGCAGCAGCACAAGGUCACUGUGGAGGAAGAGGAGGUGGGAGAGGAUGAUGAGGAGCCUGCAGCACCAGCCCAGCACAAAGACGCGCAUAAAGGACCUGAACAACCUGCUGUGGAGGAAGAACUGGUUAUUGCUGGAAAUCCAGAUCAACAGGAAGACGCACUGGAUGACCAGUACCAGGAGGAAGUAGAGGACGAGGCUCAGGAGGACAUAGCUGGUGGGCAGAAGGGGGAGGAGGAGGUUGAGGAGGAAGGAGAGGAUCCAUAUAAUGAGGAGAACUUAGAACAGGAUGAGGUAAAAAAUCAAGAGGUACAAAGAAAGGAUGUGGCUCAUGGAAAACAGACAGAGAAUAAUGAGGAAGAGAAUUACGAAGAGGAAGAGGAGGAAGCAGAGGAUGAAAUGGCGGGUAAGGACAAGGGAACCAAUAGGAGGGCAGAGAUGUAAGCUGGGACGCAGACUUUGACCAAUUGCAGUGCCUUUUUUGGCUGCCCGUAGAGCCUAUCAGGGUUUUUUUUUUCGUUUUAUUUUGCUCGUUUCCCAAAGGAAUUAAACCAGCCAUCCAUUCAGAAGCCUUAUUUGGAAAAUUGUGAUCUCAUGCCUGAAAGAUGGGAUGCAGUUCAAAAACUGUAGCGAUGGAACUGAGAAGCUUACACUGUGGAAAUGGACAUGCGUACAUUUUGGGUGGAAAUGGCAUGUAUACUGUAUUUUUUUAUUUUAUUCAUUUGCCUUUCUGUCUUCUCCCACGUCUGCCUGUUUGCAUGCCUGGUUCAGUUUAGAAGCAGCAAACAGGCAGAGAAUGUAUUUUUAUCACGAGCUGUCUUUGAGUAUGUAUAAAGAAAGUGACGAUAAUUGAUGUUGUGUUAUUCUGAUUUCUUUAUGUUCAGGCUUUUAUAUGUAUGUAUGUUUUCUUUUUAGUGUUCAAAUUUUAAUUGAUAUCAUUCCAAUCGAUCCAGUUGUUUGCUGUUAUUUAUUUUUUAUUGUAACAUCUCUGACAAUCAUAAAAAAGGUCCAAAAAUGUCCUUUUAAUUUAAGACUGAACUGAUUUGUUACACGAGUGCUUUUAUGUACUGACGCACAGGACUAUUUUUAGUGUAUAUUUCUGCAAAUGCCAGUCAAAGAGAUAUUUCUAGUGAAGCUGUUAUGUAAGGAAAGUGUCACAAUGACAUGUGCCUUUUACAUUUUCAGACACCUCUUCUAGGUCUUAGACAUUUUUAACUUGGAAAAGCAUAUCAAUAGGACAGGAGCGAUAAGAGCAUGCCAGGUAGAGCUGAACCUCUUGCAUAGUGCUUAAGCACGGCCUUAUAUGGAGUGUCUGUGUGUCACUUAAACUGCUGGUAUGAAUUCAAUUCACAAACGUUAUGCAAUUCACUUCUUUAGUAUACUGUUGUACAAUGUAUAGUUCAAUAAAUGAUGACAAUUUGUACAUUUUCCAACAGCUAUAUUUGAUACAAUAAAGUGGGAUUGGAUGGGGAUGAACCAUGUCUGUCACCUGAAUGGUAUGUAUGUGUGAAAUAAAGAGGUUGAAGAGUAAGGGAUGAAUGUGUUGUUAAACUUUUGGAGUUUGAUGUUUACACAUAAGAAACCCCAUAAAGGGUUUCUUUAUGGGGCGGCUAUGGCUCAGUCGGUUGUCUCUAAACUGGAGGGUUGGGGGUUAGAUCCCCAGCUCCUGCAGCUACAUGUCCGAUGUGUCCUUGGGCAAGACUCUUAACCCCGAUUUUGUCCCGCUGCUUCGUUGGCUGUGUAUGUAUGUGUACGGAAUGAAUGGGAUUAGUUACUUUCCAACCUUUGCCCUGCUUGAGCUAAAGCUCUGAACUUAUAACUGCUCAAAUAUAUAAACAACUGGGUCAUCUUCAGCUGCUGUAAAAAGAUCUGAAGCUCAAAUAUUUCAGCGUUACUCAUAGAAACUGCCUUAAUGACUGAAAAGUACAAAAAGAUAAUUUCAUAGUCUUUUACAGACUGAGAUAAAAGUUUUUUUUAUGGGGCUGUCAUGAAACAUGGAGUCUUUUGUCUUUUUUUUUUUUUUUACAUAGCAACCUCUGACAUCAGUGUGUGAAUGGGUAUGAAUGGGUAGGUGUGACAUGCGGUUUAAAGCGCUGUACAAGCUCAAUUCCAUUUAUCUUUUUAGAAAGAUUGUGCAAUCAUUUCAUUACAGGCCUUGGUUAAGCUUUAAUUCCAUUCACAAAUAGCCUAUAGGUAAUGUUAGGAUGUGUGAAAAGGACACUUAUGCUUUAAGCUCUGAAAUUAUAAAACAUUUAAUUUAUGAAUCAGCAGGAAAUGUAUUGUUUGCAUCCAUUUGUCAAAAGUAUGUGAAUAUAUACAGUUCUUAGCUUCUGAGUGUUUUUACAUGAAUAUUUGUUAGAAAUGCACAGCUUAAGGGGACUCCUCCACAGAACUGUUGAUUGCUGCUGUUUUCAAAUCAGCACCUGGAGAAUCCCAUGACAGAUCAAGAAAAGGUUGUUAGGAUACUCCUCUUCUGUCCUGUUGCCUGACAUGGCUAAUAAAAUGGAUGGAUGGACAUA